GGAUGAAGCUGAUGUUGGUUGCUGCUGCUAUUCUGGCUGUGGCCAGCUGUGCCAGCCUUUCUCUGGAGGACCUGGAGUUCCACGCCUGGAAACUCAAGUUUGCAAAGUCGUACAACUCUCCAUCAGAGGAGGCUCACCGCAAGCUAAUCUGGCUCAACAACCGCAAAGUGGUUUUGGUGCACAACAUCCUGGCUGAUGAGGGCAUCAAGUCCUACCGCCUUGGCAUGACCUUCUUUGCUGACAUGGAAAACGAAGAGUACAAACGUCUGGUUUCCCAGGGCUGUCUGGGCUCCUUCAAUGCCUCAGCGCCUCGCAGUGGCUCUGCCUUCCUCAGCCUGUUCAGGGGAGCAGAUCUGCCCACGUCUGUUGACUGGAGGGACAAAGGAUACGUCACUGAUGUCAAAGAUCAGAAGCAGUGCGGGUCUUGCUGGGCCUUCAGUACAACUGGCUCACUGGAGGGUCAGCACUUCAAAAAGACAGGGAAGCUGGUGUCUCUCAGCGAGCAGCAGUUGGUUGACUGCUCUGGUGACUUUGGCAACAUGGGCUGCAGUGGAGGCCUGAUGGACGACGCCUUCAAGUACAUCAAGCAUAAUGGAGGAAUAGACACAGAAGAGUCCUACCCUUAUGAGGCUGAGGAUGGACAGUGCCGUUACAACCCUGACACUAUUGGUGCCAAAUGCACAGGCUACGUUGAUGUGAAAACUGGUGAUGAAGGUGCCCUGAAGGAGGCUGUGGCUACCAUUGGACCUGUAUCAAUUGCAAUUGAUGCAUCUCAUUCAUCCUUCCAGCUCUAUGAAUCCGGAGUGUAUGAUGAGCCAGACUGCAGCAGCCAAGAUUUGGACCAUGGUGUACUGGCUGUAGGUUACGGCACUGAGAACGGACGUGACUACUGGCUUGUCAAGAACAGCUGGGGUCUACAAUGGGGAAGCAAGGGAUACAUUAUGAUGGCCAGGAACAAAAACAACCAGUGCGGCGUCGCUACUGCAGCCAGCUACCCCUUGGUCUGAACAAGAAACUCAAAAUUCUUCCAUUUUCCAUUUAUCUGACCAAUGGAAAUGCUAUUUCACUAAGUUUAAGUUUUGGGUGUCUGCACAGAUUUAACUUUACCUACCAUUGAUUGAUUGUUGCUCAUGUUUACUGCAAAGAGGAGGAGAACAGUGACACAUAAUUCACUUUAAUUUGACAAAAGUUGUGGGGAUAAAUGUAUUUUUGUUGUUAUUGAGAAGUUGGUAUCGGUGGUGCACUUUAAAUAGAAUAACUUUUUUAUGAAGAUGUAAAUAAAUAUAACAAAAUAAAACAUUUUU